AUGUCUUCCGACGAUGCUCCUUUAGCAUCCCAACACAAACCCUCCUCAACCAGCUUCGUUGAUGUCUUCAAGACUCUAAGUGUCGGCCGUCCAAAAUCGCAUUCGCCGGUGUCUCUGCAAGAGAGCAAUACCGACCAUUCAACAAAUAGUCGAGGAAACGCCCGGCUUGUGCUCGGAUUCGAAUCAAUGCAUCGCGGCAGCAUCGUGUCAAGCUCCUCGGAUACCCCUAGUGGUCCGGACUUUGAUGCUUCUCUCCGGAACUUGGCCAACAAGCAAAAUUUGGCCCAGGCGAUUGAAGAGGCUGAUGCGUUAUCAAGAACUAUUCCCUGGUUUACUGCAGAGCAGUCUUUAGUUCUAUGGGAAGCAGCAGGAUAUCUUUUACACCAUGAAAGUUCUUCCGAGGCCCAAAGAAGCGGAGCAAGGUUGCUGGAAGCAAUCGCGGCACGUCAAGAUCUAUCUCCAGCCGGGAGACGUGUAAUUUUUGAGGCAAUUACCUGCCCGACUGGCCCCGAGUUGGUGGCUUCACGAGUACAAUCAUUGGUCGCUUUAUCGGAUCACGGUAGAAAGUUGGAUUUCACGACUACCUCCAUUCUUCACAUCAUUGCUUCGUGGAUUAUGCCUCUUUACGAAACUCUCGCUGUGGCACGCAAUAAAGCGAAGAGGGUGAAAGCUGCCAAACCAAAUGAGCUCAGUCAUGAUGAAGCAGUUUUGGAAGAGCUCUUCCAAUUCGCGGAGGAUUUGAUCACUCUCCAACGCAAGCCGCCGACCCAGGAGGAGAUUGAAUUACUUCUCACAGAAACCAUCACUGUUUGCAAGAGAACAAGUGUGGCAAGUGAUAUCAAAAACUCUUUGUCAGUGUUUGAAGCUAUCAUUGACUAUGCAGAUGUGCCUGAUGCCAGCUUCAUUCCUCUUGUGGAAGUGCUCUGCAGCAUUCAUGUCUCUGUUAAAUCCCUUUCCGGUCCAACAUCCAGAACAGUUCGCAGUCUGGCUAAGUCUCGACGACAGGCGGAAAUGGUGACUACCCUGCAUACAUUUAUGAGGGAAUCAUGCGCCAAGGACCAGUCACGGAAUUUGAAUGUUCUCCGCGGGACGAUUUACGUCUUCUCUGACCUGGUUCGUGACUAUGGUCAGAAUGGGAUGCCCCAAAUUCCUUUUGAUGAAUUAGUUGAUUCCCUCUUGGCUAUUGCUCAGAAAGAUGAGGGCAAGGUUGACGCCGAUGUGUUGGACUUGUGUCUAAACAUCCUGGAGAGCAAUUUUGUCCGCAUCGCUUUGGCGUGCGACUGGACGAGAUUUGUCAAGCUUCUGCUUCUUUGUUCUCGACGAGUCUUAGACGAAUCCGAUGGUUCAGUCACUUCCCCAACUAGUCCACCGCAACAGCAGGUUAAGAGUACGCCCGAUGAUACGAGGUCAAACAUCGUUGCGAACACAACGCGGAUAGCCUCUGCUAUUGAGGCCCUGUGGGAACAACUCAGCAACGAGCAAAAGCAACAGUCUACUCAGUUUUUGAUGAAAGGAUACGCGGACAUUGAGCCGUCCCAGGCUGAGCUGAUCAUCAACCAUAUGCGACAUGACAGGGUCUGUCAGCCAUCCGAAGAUCCCGCCUGGGUGCGGUACUGUCAGGAAUUGAUUGAGCGCUUCAUCCAGCCUCGAAAGCAGAGCUCUGAUAUCCGUAUCCUAGCUUUGGAUACGCUCAAAGAAGCUCUCUCCGGCAAUGAACGGCUACUUUUUUCGGAGGAGCACGGCUUGCUGGAUCGGCUUCUUCAGGAUUUUUCAUCGGAACAUGACCUUCUCUUCUUGGAGUCAUUGGUCUCGUUUAUAACGGAGCCAGCAACACAGGCCAGCGAUUCCACAUUCAAGCGCUUGGUGGACACCCUUAGCUCUCCUAUGACAAAUGAUUUCAACAUUGGCGACCACCGCGAGGUUGCUUCCAAUUAUACCUCCUCUCGCCGCACAUCGACCACCAGCCUCUUGGAGCUGACUUUGUCAAAUGUGUGUGCUGUGAGCCUCGUGAAGAUGAUGCUUCGUACUCUGAACCUUUCUGGUACCAAGUCCGUCAUCAUCUUUGAGGCACUAUUGCAGAUCGCACAAUCUUCAGAUCGUCCAACAGACUCCCGUCUGACUGUGCUGAAGCUGAUAUUCCGCCUUCGGUGUGAUUCAGCUGGAUCUGUAACAGUGGUAACAACGUCGGAAGGUGACUUCUUAAUGAAUGUUCUGGGUCGAAAUGUCGACGUGGGUAGUAUGCUACAUCUCUCUGUUGACAGUCCUACGAAGGAUAUACCUCUUCAUGAUGCUUUGCCGCCUCCAGCUAAUGCGAAGACACCUGCGAAAGAGCCACCAUCAUCCUUUUCGUCCAAAUCAGCCCCGCGCGGCUCGAUUUCUGCCCGUGCAUCAAAAUUGACGGCCCCGGUCUGGACACACUCCCUGCCGCAGGUCCUUCCAGAGCAGCCGCCUGGAGAGUCUAGCCAUUUUGUCUUCGCGUAUACGCAUAAUGGAGCAUCAAGCCCGACCGACUCCAGGCCAGCGCAGGUUGGUGUUUUGAAAGUGAACAUGUGGCUUGAAAUUGUAAUCGCGCUACUUCAACGAGAGACCGACUGGGAUGUCUACAGCUACCUUCUCACACACCUUGGGCCCCAGCUUGCCAACAGAGACUUUUUCAACAACGCUAUUCCUCAGGUCAAACUUUUGCGCAGCAUUUUGUGCGAUCAGGUCAAGAAUGAGACAUUUCAUGAGCCCCCGGUGACAACUGGCCUGAAAAAAAGUGAUGUGGCUGCUUGUAUCUUCGAUGCGCUGUGCAUGCUGGUCAGCUAUCAUGAGCACUUUGCUAAGAGUGAGGAGGAUGACCUCGUGCGAGCCUUCAUGUCUGGCAUCAUCGGUUCCUGGGGUGCCACUUCUCGGGGAUGUAUUCAGGCGCUCUCACUCUGCUGUCACGAGAUUCCAAUGUCCGUUACGAAGUCGCUGAUGAGCAUUCUCGACAGAAUGGCUAAACUCAUUACCAUGUCAAAUAUUGCCGUCCAUAUCUUGGAGUUUUUGGCCUUGCUUGCACGGCUGCCCGAAGUCUACGCCAAUUUGCGGGAAGAGGAGAUUCGUACCGUGUUUGGAAUUUGCAUUCGAUUUCUGCAGACCUCCAGGGAGCAACGUUACAAAAGCUCGGACUCACCUUCUGUCCGGCCUACUCAGCAACCACAGUCAAGAGCCAGCGUUGGUUCACGAGAACACGUUGAAGCGACCGAGGCCCCUUCACAAGAUGUCAUGUCAAGCUACGUCAUGACCUUGACGUACCAUGUGAUGGUCUUCUGGUUCCUAUCUCUCAAACUGCAAGAUCGGGCAAGGCAUGUAAACUGGAUCACCAGCCGGCUCAUCUUCCGCGAUGACAAUGGAAAAGAGGUGGUCGAAGAGCAAAGCCAGGUUUUCAUCGACCUCAUGCAGCGAGUCGCGUUCUCGGAUCUUGGCGAGACCAUUCCCUUCGAAACAUUCCCUCCGACCCCAGAAGAUGGCCCUGUAUCGAAGAAAUCAUGGGUUGUGGGCUUGAGUCUCAUCACCGUUGAGACCGCUGGUGUAUCUGGACUAUCGCAGAUCACGAAACGCCAAGCCUCAGGGACAACAUACUCGGUGUAUCAACAGCGGACGGCUCCCGUUCUCCCACAUCAGGUGCCUCCAACAGUGGAUGCACAUCUGCACACUGAUUCGAUGCGCACCGCAAUUCUGCCCAGUCACAUCAUGCUACAGAUGACCGCCACUGCCUUCCCGACACCCACUGUGAUGCAACCCAUUCCUAUCCCUGAAGAUGACAUCACUCGACGAGCAAUCAGCAGUUUUGACCGAACCGAUAUCGUGGACGGUCACCGGAUCGGUGUUGUGUAUGUCGAUAACGGUCAGACGACAGAAGCUGAAAUCUUGUCCAACACUGGAGGCUCUGCGGACUAUGAGCACUUCCUUUCUGGACUGGGAUUCAAAGUGUCGCUUCGAAAUGCUCAAUUCAAUACUCAAGGCUUAUAUGCGGACACUGACGGCGAGGCCACCUAUGCCUGGCGGGACCGAGUGACCGAGAUUGUAUAUCACGUCGCGACUAUGAUGCCAACCGACUUUGACCAUGACCCGACCUGCAUCAACAAGAAGCGGAACAUCGGUAACAAUUUUGUCACCAUCGUCUUCAACCGGUCCAACCUUCCCUUCAAUUUUGACACGAUCCCGUCCGAGUUCAACUCUAUCAACAUCGUCAUCACGCCCUCGAGCAAUGUCGCGUACGACGAGUCUGGGGCUGUCAAGGGGGAGACGGACCCGGAACAGCUUUAUUACAGUGUUCAAGUGAUGAGCAAGCCCGGCUUCCCCGAUGUCUCACCUGCCGCAACCCCCAAGGUGAUCUCGGCCAGGAACUUGGCACCGUUUGUGCGAAUCCUCUCGCUCAACGCAUCCGUCUUCUCCCUCGUUUACAACAACGAGGGCGGCGAACAUGCAUCUUCAUGGCGCACGCGUCUCCGCGAGAUCAAAAAGGUUCGCGAACGUGCAUUGGCCGCCCAAGCUCAAGGCUCUGAGUCCUCAGAAGGGGCUUACCCAGGCCUACGCCGCAACACCAAAGCCAGCAUCUUCUCCGAAGAAACCCCUGUCCGCGCCCCUCCAGUCAGGGCCGACUUUACUUCGGAAUGGACCGCAGUAUCGGAUACGGACAUCCUCCAGAAACUCGACUUCUCUCGCUGGAGCCGUUGA